AGACACUUUUCUUGUCAAAGCUUGAUCAUCUCUAAUUAAUAAACACAAUCAAACCGUAGAAAAUGGAGGUUUCGCUGUUGGGUUCCUCACGGAGUUUCCGGCUAUACCCCAAGACACAGACACCGAAACUCUCAAGCUCUUCGACAGAAAGAGACUCAGGUUGUCUGAAAAUGAGAGUUGGUAAGCCAGUUAGAUCCCUCAAGUGCAGGUCUAUCUCUGAGGACUUCGUUGAGAGAAGUAGCCCACUUGAGGUUAAGAAAGAGCUAGAGACUUGCUUCGACCUCAUACAUAGGCUCGGGAGAGGGAUCCUCUACUUAGGUUCCGCCAGGAUCCUACCAAACCAUUCACAUUAUCUUCAAUCACAAGAGUUGAGCAGAGAAGCAGCGAAUCUGUUGGACUGUACUACAUGGUCUGGAGCUGGACCAGGACUCAUGGAUGCUGUCACUAAAGGUGCUUUGGAAGCUGAUAAACCCGUCGGCGGCAUCAAAAUAGAGAAAGAAGCUGGUGAAUGGACCGCUUCCAAGGUCCAUCCUUAUCUCCCUCCUCAAGACUAUCACACUUGCAGGUUUUUCUCUGCGAGAAAGCAUGGACUGGUGGACGCAGUGGUUAGAAACAAUGUUUCCGACAAGACAGCGGUGAUUGCAUUGCCAGGAGGCAUUGGCACGCUUGAUGAGAUGUUCGAGAUUUUGGCAUUGAUUCAGCUCAAAAGGAUUGGUUCCGUGUUGCCGGUUCCAUUCAUUGUGAUGAACUAUGAUUCUUUCUACUCAAAGCUGUUUGAGUUCAUUGAGAGUUGCGAAGACUUGGGAACUGUUUAUAAAGGAGAAGUCUCUGCCUUGUGGAAGGUAUGCAACAGCAACUCUGAAGCUUUGACGUACUUGGCUGAGUUCUAUGAACUGCCGCCAUAUGGCUCUACAAAACCUGAAACUCAACUUAGAGAAACUGCUUGUGGAUGAUCAUCAUCAGUUUCUUAGCUCGCUUUGGGGUUUCAACUGUAAGAGAGAACUAGAUUUUGACCCGCCCGGGCGGGUAUUAUUUUCACUUUUGGACUAUGGAUUAUUUAUUUACACGAAUUGUCUGCAUGUAUCUUAGUAAAAAAAAUUGUAUAAUAAGUUCGAGAUAUAUAAUGUCUUUUGUAAACGUUUUUUUUUCUUGAUUGUUUAUGAGAUUAGUUUAUGUUGAUGCA